AUGGAACUUACGACCAUUGCGACUCAUGGUGCAGCCACUGGCGAGACUGCCGUCGAUACUGCGAUGACGCCGCUCUUAAAGUGCAUCGUCAAGAGCAUCCGUGGCCACUGGCGUCUCCAGAACGAAGCCAACAUUUUCAGACGCUAUCAACCCAAGACGCCGUUUCUUCGCCCCAUGAUUGACGAGGUUCACAAGCCAGCCGAUCCGCCCUCCAUCGUUCUGCGACAUCUAGACAGUGAGCUGCUCACGGAAUCGAGGAGGAGGCGACUAUCGCGCCCCGAAAUCAAGCACGUGGCCAUGUGCCUCCUCAAGGCUCUUCUUGUCCUCCACAAGGAUGGCAUGGUGCACACAGAUGUGAAAUUGGACAACGUGUUUGUCAAGUACGGCCAGAGCGACGACGAGCGCUUCUCGGAAAUCCAACUGGACUCGCGUUUCGCCAAGGAGGGCCACCUGAUUAGAGCUGCUUUCACGCGGAGCCCGGAAGCCAUGCUCCAGCUCCCCUGGGGCACAUCGACAGAUGUCUGGUCAUUUGGAAAUGCAAUUCUCAGCCUCGUCCAUGGAGGGGGCUACCACCACUUCGAUCCUGGCUGGGAAGGAAUCAAACCAGAUGACCAAGAUUAUGAGCUGACUGUUCUGAAGCGGAUGUAUCACUCUGUCGGCCCGUUUCCACCGUCGAUUGCCGACAUGAUUGAUGCCGACAUCUUUGAGGUUGUUCAUUUUCUCAAUCGGCAAGGACCUCCACGGAGACUACUUCAACGGUGGGCAACAGAGCAACUUCCUCUGGCUGACAACCAGUUCAUAAGGCGAAUAUUGAAGCUAGAUCCUCGGGACAGGCCGACGGUGGAGCAAAUUUUGCAGGAUGAAUGGUUCGCAGAGGAAUCCGACGAUACUCGGGAACCUAGCAGCUGUGUGAAUAUCGAAUGA